AUGAUAAUACCCGGUGCCUUACUGUUGAAUUUCAUCACAUGGUAUAACGUUGACUUACUGCCACUAAAAUAUAUGAGUUAUUUUGGGACUUUGGCUGUAUAUGCCGGCAAGGAGGUGCCGAUAAUAGCAGUUUUGCUGAACCUAUUUGCACUCGCUGUACAUCUCGGAGAGGCUGUCUAUGCAGCAUGGCUUUGCACUCGUUUAAACCUCAAUAGAGCUUGCAAAUUUAAAUGGCUUAUACAAACUUUUAUUCUUGGAUAUCCAUCACUAAGGAUAUUAUGCCAAAAAGCUAAUAGUAAUCGAGCUAAACGUCGGUCAUAA